AUGUCGACUCUCUGCGUACCGUCACACCUUCCCUCUGUGGCCGAAGACUGCGAGCAGCUCCACAAAGCCUUCUCUGGAUGGGGGACCAAUGAAGAUUUGAUCAUAUCAAUCUUGGGACACAGAAAUGCGGCCCAGCGCAAGGCUAUUAGGCAAGCCUACGCCGAGACUUAUGGAGAAGAUUUGCUCAAGGCUUUGGAUAAGGAGCUCACCAAUGACUUUGAGAGGGUUGUGUUGCUGUGGACAUUGGACCCUCCCGAGCGUGAUGCCCUCUUGGCGAACGAGGCUCUUAAAAAGUGGACUUCGAGCAAUCAAGUUCUUGUCGAGAUCGCUUGUACGAGGUCCCCUAAGGAGCUGCUUCUCGCCAGGGAAGCUUAUCAUGUUCGUUUCAAAAGGUCGAUCGAGGAGGAUGUUGCGUAUCACACUUCCGGAGAUUUCCGCAAGCUUUUGGUCCCUUUAGUAAGCUCAUACCGCUAUAGUGGGGAGGACGUGAACCUGAGCCUCGCAAAAACCGAAGCUAAAAUCCUUCAUGAGAAAAUCUCGGAGAAGGCUUACAGCUGUGAUGAUGUCAUCAGAAUCUUGACCACGAGGAGCAAAUCACAAAUCAAUGCAACACUUAACCAAUACAAGAAUUUGUUUAGCAAUGAUAUAAACAAGGAUCUGAAAAGCGACACGAAAGAUGAAUUCCUAUCUCUAUUGAGAGCGACUGUCAAGUGUUUGGCCUAUCCCGAGAAGUACUUUGAAAAAGUGAUUCGGCUAUCGAUCAACAAACUAGGGACUGAUGAAGGGGCCCUCACUAGGGUUGUGGCCACAAGAGCUGAGGUGGACAUGAAAAUCAUUAAAGAAGAGUAUCAGAGGAGGAACAGUGUGCCACUCGACCGGGCUAUUGCCAAGGACACGAGGGGCGACUAUGAGAAGAUGUUGUUGGCCCUGAUUGGCCAUGAGGAAGCUUGA